ACAGCUCGGCGAAUCGAACACUUGCCAGACUCUCCACGACCUAUAUAGAAACCUCCUCACGUACGCUUACCAUUUGAACUCGCCAGUGCUGCGCUCUCGUCCGACCACAUAGCGUCUGCAAACCAUUCAUUUGCUCGCCGUGAAGGAUCGAGUUCUUGAACAGCUUUGGCGAUCGAUCUAGGGAGCGCGGGCCGCCCGGGCGUGCGUGCAUGGCUGUGCUGUCUUCUGCGAAGCGCGUCCUCCCGUGCGCCUCGGCCGGCGGGGUCAGCGGCGGCCUCCGAGCUCUACUCGGGACGGACGGAGGCGGCCGCUCUCUUCUCCCGUCCCGGUGGAAGUCGUCGCUGCCGCAGCUGGACCCCGUCGACAGGUCCGACGAGGAGAGCGGCGGCGACAUCGACUGGGACAACCUCGGCUUCGGGCUCACCCCGACGGACUACAUGUACGUCAUGCGGUGCUCGCGGGAGGAGGGCGGCUUCUCCCGCGGCGAGCUCGCCCGCUACGGCAACAUCGAGCUCAGCCCCUCCUCCGGCGUCCUCAACUACGGCCAGGGGCUGUUCGAGGGGCUGAAGGCGUACAGGCGGUCGGACGGGGCCGGGUACAUGCUGUUCCGGCCGGAGGAGAACGCGCGGCGGAUGCAGCACGGCGCGGGCCGCAUGUGCAUGCCGUCCCCGUCUGUCGAGCAGUUCGUGCACGCCGUCAAGCAGACCGUCCUCGCCAACAGGCGCUGGGUGCCGCCGCAAGGCAAGGGAGCGCUGUACAUCAGGCCGCUGCUCAUCGGGAGCGGGGCGAUCCUCGGGCUGGCGCCGGCCCCCGAGUACACCUUCAUGAUCUACGCCGCGCCUGUGGGGACAUAUUUCAAGGAAGGCAUGGCGGCGAUAAACCUGCUGGUCGAGGAGGAGAUCCACCGCGCGAUGCCGGGCGGCACCGGCGGGGUCAAGACCAUCUCCAACUACGCGCCGGUGCUCAAGCCGCAGAUGGACGCGAAAAGCAAGGGGUUCGCGGACGUGCUGUACCUGGACGCGGUCCACAAGAGGUACGUCGAGGAGGCCUCCUCCUGCAACCUCUUCGUCGUCAAGGGCGGCGCCGUCGCGACGCCGGCGACGACGGCAGGGACCAUCCUGCCGGGUGUCACGCGCAGGAGCAUCAUCGAGCUCGCCAGGGAUGACGGCUACCAGGUCGAAGAGCGCCUCGUCUCCAUCGACGAUCUCGUCGGCGCAGACGAAGUGUUCUGCACGGGAACGGCCGUCGGCGUCACCCCGGUGUCGACCAUCACCUACCAAGGGACAAGGCACGAGUUCAGGACUGGGGAAGACACGUUGUCGAGGAAAUUGUACACGACUCUCACAUCGAUCCAGAUGGGGCUGGCAGAGGACAAGAAAGGAUGGACGGUAGCGAUUGAUUGAUUGAUUAGGAAAAGAGCAUGGGCGCAUGCAGCGCCAGAAGCAUCCAGUAUUGUUUUAGUAUUAUCUUUGCAAAUGUGAAUAAUUAUCAUGGUGAUCAUAUCUCGCGCUAGAAUUUGAAAGUUACGUGCCCCGGUCAUCAGCGGCUUCAAAUUUGGGCACGGAAAGAAAUCGAUCUGCUUGACACUUAUUUGCCAA